GUGUACUAUAAAUUCGACGUAUAAGAUAUGAUUCAUGACAAGUAUUCCACAUACUCUUUUUAAAAGUUCGUAAAUGCAAAAACGCAUAUUUUUAUCCGAUUUUGAAUUAAAAUAUACUACAUUUAUUGUUCUAAAGUUGGCGGUAUAUUUUACUGCAAUCGUGCAUUGUGUGCAUGUGCAUGAAGAAUUACGAAUUAUAUCCUAGAUAUACUAUAUUCACAUACGAGAGACGAGAGCGCCUCAAUAAUAAUACUCAAUAAUGGCGUCUCCUCGGCCCAAGUCACCACGAACUCCGAUCACAAAGAAAGAGGACAAGGAGGAGAGCUUUUGGGAUAAAAUCGGAACGCUCGGACGGAAGAAACGUAUUAAGGAAGUACAAGAUGUCCAGGAAGAAGGAAAAUAUGCGAUUGAUUCACCUGGAUACGCUGCUAAUCCCGAUAUGCCACCAGAGGAGUAUGCUCUUGACGAGAACGAAGAACGUUCCAUGAUAGAACCGAAAUCUUUGGAAGAUCCCAAAUUACAGGAAUUGAUAUCUGUUUUAAUCGAAUGGAUCAAUGAUGAAUUGGCUGAUCAGCGAAUUAUUGUAAAGGAUAUUGUGGAAGAUCUUUACGAUGGACAAGUGCUGCAAAAACUUUUAGAAAAAUUGACCGGAGAGAAACUGGAUGUACCUGAAGUAACUCAAUCCGAGGAAGGACAGAAACAAAAACUCACUGUUGUCUUGUCCGCCGCUAAUCGGGUAUUAGGCCGAUAUCCGCCUUACAAAUGGAGUGUCGAAUCUAUACAUUCGAAGAAUAUCGUCGCAAUUUUGCAUCUACUAGUUAGCCUAGCUCGGCUAUUUCGCGCUCCUGUUAGAUUACCAGAAAGAGUUACCGCAGAAGUAGUUGUGGUACGUAAAAAGGAUGGCCAGCUUAUACACAGAACGGUUAGAGAAGAAUUAACGACAACGUAUGACGAUUUGGGUAUGCGUUGCGAACGCGACGCAUUCGAUACUCUUUUCGAUCAUGCACCCGAUAAAUUGGCUGUUGUGAAGAAAUCUUUGGUAACAUUCGUAAAUAAACACUUGAGCAAGGUACAUUUGGAGGUGACUGAUUUGGAUACUCAAUUCCACGAUGGUGUCUUCCUGACUCUGCUACUUGGUCUUUUAGAAGGCUUUUUUGUCCCAUUAGGUAGCUUUCAUUUGACACCAAAGACCAUUGAUCAGAAAGUUCAUAAUGUUUCAUUUGCGUUUGAUAUUAUGCAAGACAUUGGACUACCGAAACCCAAAGCUCGUCCUGAAGAUAUCGUAAAUUUGGAUCUGAAAUCUAUCCUUCGCGUAUUAUACAAUCUCUUCACAAAAUAUAAGGGGAUAAAUUAAUAAAAGGUAUGUGUGUGGCAUUCGAUUUGGGGGUUCUAUAAACCAUACCUUAUUAAGGUUAAUAAUAUAAUUAUAUAUGCUAACAAUUGCGAUAUGACUGCCAUUAAAGAGUUAUUUAUACUGUGUUUAAUGUAGAUUUUUAAUUGUGCUUUCUACAUUUUACCACAUUAUUUUCUUAUUUUCUCCAUCCUCUAAGAUAUGAAUACAUGUAAAUAUUAUAUAUUUGUUUUAAUCAAACAAACAAAGUAAAAAGAUAAAGCUAAAACAAAAUAUACACAUUGUAAAUCUUAAAUAACGUGCCUUUUAUAUGUAUACUUGUAAUAUACUAUAUUUUAUAAAUAAUAUUUAUCACACACACAUAUAAUUUUUAACUCUAUAUCGAUGUUUUUGUAUACAAACUGUGAAUAUAUUUUUAUUAAUAAAUAUUUUAACUACA